ACUACGGAUUUCUAUAUCAUAGCUUUGUACUUGGCCAAUUUUGAAUUAGCAGAGGUACUGCCUCUAGAGUCAAAGGGGGCCUCCCCUAUCACCCACGGACAUAACCAUCUUCGGUCCAAAAGACAGACUCAAACACUUAUUUCCUUCCCACCAACAAAGCAAUGAUCAAAUAGCAGCUAGCUAUAGACAUGCAAAGCAAUAGCAGCAGCAACAACAACAAUCAGCCUCAAACUAGUCAUACAUCAACAAGCCGUUCUUCGGACUCCGGUGAGGCUUGUGGGGCAGGAAACAAAUGGGCAUCAAAGCUUCUUAGUGAGUGUGCAAGAGCAAUCUCAGAGAAGGACUCUAGCAAGAUCCAUAACCUUCUAUGGAUGUUAAAUGAGCUUGCCUCUCCUUAUGGAGAUUGUGAUCAGAAAUUGGCAUCUCAUUUCUUGCAAGCUCUCUUUUGUAAGGCUACCGACUCCGGCCAACGAUGCUUCAAAACCCUAACAACAGUAGCUGAAAAGAGCCACUCCUUUGAUUCAGCUAGGAAAUUGAUACUAAAAUUCCAAGAGGUAAGCCCAUGGACUACUUUUGGUCAUGUGGCUUCAAACGGUGCAAUUUUGGAGGCCUUAGAUGGGGCGAGCAAACUUCACAUAAUUGAUAUAAGCCAUACCCUUUGCACACAGUGGCCUACUUUGCUAGAAGCUUUAGCUACAAGAAAUGAUGAGACGCCGCAUUUAAAGCUCACCGUCGUGGUAACUGCUAGCAUUGUAAGAUCAGUCAUGAAAGAAAUUGGCCAAAGAAUGGAGAAGUUUGCUAGGUUAAUGGGAGUGCCCUUUGAGCUUAAUGUAAUUAGUGGGCUAAACCAUUUAGGAGAGCUCACAAAGGAAGAGCUAGGAGUUCAAGAAGAUGAAGCUGUCGCGAUUAAUUGCAAUGGGGCAUUGAGAAGAGUUGGAGUAGAGGAAAGAAAUUCUGUGAUCCGGAUGUUUCAGUCACUUAACCCUCGAGUUGUGACAAUUGUUGAAGAAGAAGCUGAUUUUACCAGCUCAAGAUAUGACUUUGUCAAGUGCUUUGAAGAGUGCCUUAGGUAUUAUACACUAUAUUUUGAGAUGCUAGAGGAGAGCUUUGUCCCAACUAGUAAUGAGAGAUUGAUGUUGGAGAGGGAAUGUUCAAGGAACAUAGUUAGGGUUUUGGCUUGUGAUGAAGAAAAUGAUGGAGGAGAGUGUGAAAGAAGGGAGAGGGGAAGCCAAUGGUUUGAAAGGCUAAGGGAGGCAUUUUCCCCUGUUGGGUUCAGUGAUGAUGUUGUCGAUGAUGUCAAGGCAUUGCUUAAGAGAUACCGAGCUGGGUGGGCACUAGUGCUACCUCAAGGAGAUCAUGAAUCAGGAAUUUACUUAACAUGGAAAGAAGAACCUGUGGUAUGGGCUUCUGCAUGGAAACCCUAGAGGAGAAUUAUGCUAGAACACCAUGAUCUCCACACUCGAAGUCAAGGCUUAGCAUGGCAAUUUAUUCACAAUUUGGGAAGCACUGCGAUGAACACAACAUAUUGAUUCCUGUCAAUCAUGAAGUACUACUACUUUCACUUUUCAUUUCUUCUUCUCAUUCAUGCAUAUUUGUGUCUUCUGUACUCCAACUUUUCUUUUCUUAUGCUUUAUGCUUGGGAGUUUGUGUUGCUUUUUAACAACUUUAAUUAGAUCAUUGUAUUUGUUUGAAGGUGUUUGCACUUGUUCCUCUUUUUCAGUUCCACAGCAUCCCUUUCCCUUUUGGCUUUCCUGCUCAAUAUCUUUCUCUUCAUCCCAUAGUGGGCAAUUUGUAAGCAGUACAUGUUUUCAUAGAAAGCGAUGAUAUAUAUCAAUGAUAUGAUAUAGUUUCUAUCCA